AUGGUGAGCCACUGAAGAUACCUCUCACUGAAGAAGUCAUUUUCUGAUCUUUAUUCUCGCUGAUGGGCGUGUCUGUCCGAAAUUUUUGACAACGAUGUCUGCGGUUACGGAUCACGUAGCGUGCGUCCUCGCUGCAGCAUUUGAAUUCACCACAAGCCUACAGAGCUUGGCGGCAUAUCUCAUAUCGAGGUCCAAGCAUUCGCCCGUACCCUGGAAAGGGCGGAGAAGGAUAAGCGAAAGAAGGGCCCGGCACGUCGAACCUGGUGCGGGACGACACUGGGACGACCGACAACAGAUGACGAUCACGCUCCGAAUUUCAAACGGCCGCAACUGCGACAUUUACGCUCAUUUACGUAUCAUCCUCCGCUCUGACCACCAUCACUAUACAACUGGCUUGGCUAUCGAUACUAUGCUGGCUCGGAUCUUAUGUUGCAUUCAAGACGGAUACUGGUACUGAGGAACGGUCAUUAAUAUUUCGCCUUGGAUUGUGGAUCGUUUGAAGCGUGAGCUUGUUGCUACCAAUGUUGAUGACGCAUGGUGGGAAUGGUCGCGUCAUCA